UUUAUAAGUUGGUUCGAUUUUCAACAACAAUCACCAGUAAAAUUAAAAAUUAUUCGUUCGUUUAACAUUAUUAAUAUUUAUUAUUUUGUUACUUACUAGUUACUUAUAAUCUAAGGCUAAGCUUACGUUUCUUACCGUUAUUUUAAGAAAGUAAAUUUGAAAAAGUUUUAUUUAUGGUAACUAAAAUGCCAGAAGGAGAAGCAGAGCCCGUUUCACUAGUGACAAUCAAAGAGCCAGUUGAUUUAAUUCGUCUUAGUGUUGAUGAACGAAUCUAUGUUAAGAUGCGCCAUGACCGAGAAUUACGUGGUCGACUUCAUGCUUUUGAUCAGCAUUUAAAUAUGGUAUUAGGAGAAGCUGAAGAGACUAUUACUACAAUUGAAGUCGAUGAAGAAACAUUUGAAGAAGUAUAUAAAACUACGAAACGUACUAUACCUAUGUUGUUUGUUAGAGGAGAUGGUGUUAUACUUGUAUCUCCCCCUUCUACUACAUCAUAAUGUAUUUAUUUUUAUUUUUAUUUGGUAAUAUAUUACAAAAGUUAACUUGUAUAUGUAACUAAUUUGUCAAAUUGUAUCUAAUACAAACAAUUAAUAUUAAAUAGAAUAAGUUCUAAUAAUUUUAAAGAUAUGUAAUUAUAAGUGGUUAAAUAA